AUGUCGCUUGAUGACCCCCCAGCCUUCCGCUCCGUGAACGCCUCCCUCGAACACCCCGACUUGGCGCAUGAACUCAGAGCAGCUGUUGAAGGCACGACACUCUCCACACAGGCAGACACCCCAAGCCUCCUCGCCCUCUUGACCAAACUCACUGACGGCUCGUGCGCUGCCAAGCUUGGCCAGGUCAAAGCCGACGACGCGUGUGCCUCCUGCCGCCGGACGAGUGUCGACUGCCGUGCUGCCGUCGUUGUCACAGACACGGGCAUCACCGUCGUCACCGACUGCAUCCAGUGCAUCGCCACCAGCCAGCCAUGCGACCUACGCCUCAUGGACGUACCAGCACAGCCGUCAUCCUCGACCGAAGUGGUUCUCGGUACGCCUCGCAUCACGCCCGACAGGGACACGACCACGCUCGAGGACGAUGAUGCGGACAUGUCGGAAUGUGCAGGCUCUGUCACGAGCGAAACACCGCGCACUGUCACGAUCAAGAUUGAGACUGUGUCUACACCUCAGGACAAGCAUACUGGCAGUGAGGAAGCAAGCCCGAACAUCAAGAGCCCAAUCGUCAAGAGCCCGAGCAACGAGAGCCUGAGCAACUACAAUACGCCUGCAGAUACGACGACGGUCACUUGUCGUCCACUUUCACCUGUACGCAACACUCCCGCCGCUCUUACAACUGUGGCUGCUGGAGCCGCUGCGGUCGACACUGGGGCGGCAGGAGCCGGCACCGAGGCGCAUCAAGUGAGAACAUCGCUCAUCACCUCGUGGCGCUUCAACGUGGCAUUCUAUGGCCGCAUGGCCGUCCGCUAUCACGACAAGGAGUGGGCCAAGCGCGCCGAGGCGUGGCACUGGGACUUUGUGGUGCCGGCGACAAAGGUGAGGGUCGACGUCAGCUGUGCACGCAUCACGAGAGCUGACUCUCGGGCCCAGGGCAAGGAAGUGGGACGUGCAGCGCGCGAGAAGCGGAAGAGGACUCGUAAGCUCGUCGGGCUCAAGUGGCGGGGACUGAAGCAGGGUGGAUGCAUGUGA